AUGUCGACCAUGGAAUUAAUACCAUCUUCUUUUAUAAAUACUCAACCGGUUCAACCAAAAACACUGGUCAAAGUAUCCCGUGUCAAUUAUCGAAAUCCCGAAAAAUUUCAAUUACAGAACGUUCCUAUCACGUUCAAUCAACAAAAGCAAUUAUAUCCGUCAUCAUCUGAACGUUGUUAUCUUCCAUCGAAUUCACCCUCAAUUAUAGGAGGAUCUGUAAAAAUGGAUGCAUUCGAAGAUACCAUACAAAUUUCAAAUAUGCCCAAAAAGGAUAUCUUUACUCAACAAACAUGUGAUGCCAUCUGUGUGAUGUCAGGAACUCCAUAUCGUCCAUCAACAAUUGCAUUUUGGCCAUUCAAUGAUAAUCUUUACGAUUCGAAUAAUGUCUACUCUGGAACCUACACUCCUACAACAGCUUCAGCUUCUUAUAUUGUUGGUAAUAUCGAUAAAUCAAUAUCAUUUGAUGGCAGUCAUUAUGUUAAUGUGGAUACACAUUUUCUUAAUCUAAGCUAUCGAAGUUGGACUAUAGAAGGUUUCUACAAUGAUGAUGUCAUUGGUGCCGCUUUUUUAGCGGAACCAUCGACCAAAUGGUAUCAUAUAGCAUUCGUUUAUGACUAUAGUUUAAUGAAACAAUCGAUUUAUUUCAAUGGAGUUCUUGAUGGAACAACAUGGGGAUCUGCACCAUUAUCUGGUCCAUAUAAAGGAACUACAGGUUCUGUUAUGAUUGGUCGAACAUCCAGUGGUUCUUACUUGUAUGGUGACAUUGAUCACUUACAAGUAACAACUGUUGCUAAAACUACUUGUCAAAUCUUGAAUGAUGCAAUACUCACUGCUUAUUAUUCAUUUGAUGCUGAUGUAUUGAAUCUCGAUCUCAGUAACAAUUAUAUUAAUGGAAUAUCUAACUCAGUAAGCAGUGUAUCAGGUCGUACUAAUGAAGGUUAUUUGUUUCAAGGAACAUCAUCUUAUUUUCAAUCGAUGGCAUUUACAGCUUACAGAUCUGGAGCAUCAUUCAGUAUUUCGUUAUGGGUAAAACCAUACUCUGUCUUAGGUGGUACAUUGAUUCAUCUAUCGACUGGCAUUGUUGGUACAGGUACAGGUUGUUUCGAUCUUUUGGGAUUUAGUACAACAGGUCAAUUAAUCGCAAAUUUAUACAAACCAUAUAGUUGCUGCAGUGGAACGUGCUAUUGUCAAGCUACUACGAGUAUCGGUGGUCCAGUUAUGAAUACGAGCAUAUGGACACAUAUUGUUUUAACUUAUAGUUCGAGCAAUGGUAUGGCACUUUAUACAAAUGGAACCUUGCGUGCUGUCGAUGACGCUUUCACAUCAUUUGCAUCGAACACAUAUACUUCCGCAAGUCGACCAUACAUGACCGUAGGAAAUCCAUCAACUACAGGUUCAUUGCCAGCAGGAUGUCUAACUGCGAGUCCGACACUUUCUCAAGGUCACUAUCAAGGCAUUAUUGAUGAGUUGCGAGUUUAUAGUCGAGAGCUCACAAUUUCUGAAAUAUGUUCAUUGUUUAAUCCAUAA